AUGGAUAACAAUGAUGAUGAUGAUAAAGAGAUUAUUCUUCUUUAUGCACAAUUUGUUGGUGUUAUGGCUGUUAUGUAUGGUGUUUAUUACUUGGAACAAUAUGAUGAGAAGUCACAACACAAUUGUUAUCUGACACAACGCGAAUUUGUAUGGGAUGUGACACAACGUGAUGAACAUUGUCAUAAUCUAUUAAGAAUGAAUGUGGAGGCUUUCCAAAGAUUUGUAUACAUUAUUAAAGGUACUGGAAGGCUAAAGGAUACCGACUGUAGUGUUGAAGAACAGUUAACAAUUCUCAAUUCCUUCAGAGAUGUAGCUCCCCCAAUUUCCAAAGGAAUGCUCUCAAGCAACCGAUUCUCUCUUAAAUCCAGAAUAUCCAAGGCCUUCAAUUCUCCAAUACUUGAUGGGAUACCACCUGUUAGUGAAUUCCUAGACAAAUUUAAGAAUUGCAAGCUGCUAAAAUCCCCAACAGAAGAUGGAAUUUCACCAGAUAGCGCAUUGUGGGAUAUAUCCAAAACGUGA